AGUAGUAUAACUCGUGGCUCCUGUCCAGUGUUCUGGGAGCAGGGACCGGUUGGAUGAUAGCGCACGAUGGCUUCAAACAACGGGUGGACCUGGAGCGAAGAGCAUGCCGACUGGUACUAUGCCAUGAAGGAUCCAUUUGGCAGGGUAAUAUAUAUCUGGAGCAAGCAAGGCGCCCAACAGCCUCCAGUUCAGACGCCUUCCAGCCAUGUGCAGCACUUAUCCGUAACCUACCAAAGUCAGAACCGUGCAUAUGGGGCGCCUCAGAGCGGACUCCUUACCAAUGGCUAUACAGGGAAUGUACCUGACGCAACGCAACACUCUCCGCAAUACAGAACGAGUUCCGCCUUUCCUACUCUGCCCAGUAAUAAUGUACUCCCUCCUUCUCUGCCUCAUGUCAACCCGUUUGCUAUGCCGCCGGCGGUCCCGGAAAACAAGCGAGUUCCAGGUCUUAUCGAAGGCACUCCUCAACGAGGCUGGGUUGAGCCCCUAGAUCCGAGUUACAAGAUGAGGACUGGUCAAGAAGCGCACGACUUCUUUGUAAAGGGCCGUGUGUUCUCCAUGUUAUGGGCUGAGGCCGCUUCUGAGACUGCUGCACGACAAGCUGCCCCUGAUGGCACGGUGUACAGAUAUCAGAAACCUUCGCACGACUACACGCCGGGCAGGUUUCCAGGUGAAUUCGUCUAUUCGAAUAUACGCCGAUUCGUAAUAAUGAGGGUCAAAAAAGAUGCUCACUUUGUCUACGUCUGGUAAGUUUGCGCCAUCUCGGAGGACCUGCACUGACCAUCAGUCCGAUAACAACAUACUCCAAGAGGGGCACGCUCAAACCGGGCUGCAAGGCUUCCGAACAUACGAUCGUCUAUUUUCGUGGGACAGAUCCCGACCAGUGCUACCUUGACGGCGAGUACGAAAAAGG